AUGUUGUCGACAGGAGCUGAAUGUGUUUUCAUGGGUUUGUUCCUGUACAUCUCAGACCUGCAGGUGAAGGUGUUUCCUGCCACAGGAGAAAAGACAGUGUCACUGAUGUGCAGCAGCAGUUGUCCUCUGACUGAAAGACCUGUGGUCUAUAUCUGGUACAAGAACACAGAGUUUCUCUAUCAGGACUCGUCUCCUUGGUACCAGGAGCUAAUCAGCAGCGAGGAAUCAGUCACAUACUCCUGUGCUGUCAAAGGCUACAAGCAUCUCAGAGCCCCUGAAGUCUCAGUGGCUUCUCUCACAUCAGCCUGCUUCACUGUGACCUAUGCUAAAGGCAGAAUGUGUUCAAAUCAGCAGAGACCAGAAGAUGAGCCGUGCUCCAUCACAUAUCCCAGAGGUGUUCAGGAUCAAAACUGCUUCACAGUGAAUUAUGUCAACAGGAGGAUCUGUGCUCUGCAAGGUUCCUCAGUGAACAUCUCCAGUGAAUACUCACAUCCUUCCUACCAGCAGUUGAAGUCUAGAUUAUGGUAUAAAUAUAGGAGAAGUGAUAUGGUGCCUGAUCUGACAGUGAAGUUUAGUCCUUCUGAGGAGGAGGUGACCGAGGGGCAGAGAGUCACGCUUACCUGCAGAACCAGUUGUCCUUUGACGGACAACAUGAACUACAUUUGGUGA